CUUGAACGACCAAUCAGAUGGGCCCUCAAAACAGCGCGUAAUUUGAAAAUUUUGAAUGAUCUCAUCGAUUUACAUCUCCAAGACACAAGCCUACCAGAAAAGUUGUGCAUUAAUUACUCAAAUACGAAAUAAAAAAUAUUAUCGAAAAUGGUGGAUACCAUAUCAUUUGGAUGACUAUCAAACAAUAACAAGAACACAGCCUAAUGGUUAUGAAAAGUGGGAUCAAGAGUGGAAUGAUUCACACCUACCGAGUGAAUUACAAUUUUUCGAUACUUCACGUCUACCCACACAUUUGAAGGCAAGAAGCAAUCCGUCAAGGGAGUUUUUUAAUAUUAAAAGUAGAAAAGAACAAACUGAAGACUAUCGACGACGAUUAUUCGGGGAAUACGGAUUCAAGAGCGGCAUUAAUCCAGCCUAUUUGUUCAUGGAUGAAAAAGAAGUAUCAUUUGAAAGAGAGAAAGAGAAGCUACUUGAAAAUUCUGUUGUAGAAGUAGUGAAUGCAAAGCAGGAGGAAGAGAUAAAGACUAGGAAGGAAAAUGAAGAAUUAAUGUUACAGAUUAAGAAGAACUUAGAAAAAAUGCCGGAAUUACUGAAAAAAUAUUAUGCUCAAGAGGCUAAACAAUCAGUUACGAAAGUAGAGAAGACGGAUAAAAUGAAUAUGCUGUUAGAAGAGGCAAGAGACCGAUUUGGUUAUUAUCCGCACAAAAAUGAUCCUAAAUUCCUUAAGUUGGUGGAGGAAUUCAGCGAACAGAACAAGCUCGGACGUAAACAGAAGAAAGACAAGAGUGUAUAGAAUAAAUAAAAAUUUUCCUAAUAUUUGCUUCACGUUCUUAAAAAGUUGAAUAACGGGAUUAUUGUUCUAAUGGAGAAGAUUCGUAGCCCAGUUUAAUGAUUCUGAUAUGGUUGUCUUCUCUGAACCGGGUGCUUUAAUUGCGAAGAAUAUAGUCGAAUUCUAAGUCUAUAA